UUUAGCUAACUAGAAAAUACUAAUAAUCCAUCCUUUCAAAAAAUAAAAUCCAGAAAAAGAACAUAUAUUAACUGACAAAAUGGCCCAAGAGCAACCACGAAGAGAAGCAGUUGGGCCAGAGCAAGAAGAGCCCAUCAAAUAUGGAGAUGUGUUUUAUGUAUCAGGUGAAGCAGCAGAAAAGCCCAUUCUACCAGAAGAUGCAGCCGCCAUGAAGUCUGCCGAGGAAAUAGUUAUGGGCCAUAGCCCACUUGGUGGCCCGGCCUCUCUUAUGCGAUCUGCUGCCCAUUCUAAUGUGCAAGCAGGCCUUGUUGACCCGAAUUCACGUCGGACUACUGAGGGUAUUCGGGUCACUGAGUUUGAGCCCAAGAAUCAUGGUACUCGGGUUGUCACAGAAUUGGUCAACGAUGAGGUAGUAGGGCAAUACGUUGAACCAAAAUUUGUGGGAGUCCCUCCUACUGAAGGAGCAACAACAGUCAACAAGGGGGGAGUCACAAUUGGAGAAACACUAGAUGCUGUGGCACGCUGCGCCGGUGACCAGCCCAUUGACAGAGCUGAUGCAGCCGCCAUUGAGGCGGCCGAGAAAAGAGCAGUCGGCAAUGAUCUCCCACCGGGCUGGGGCCUUGGAGCUGAGGCUCAUUAUGCAGCUUGUUGGAAUGCUCGAGCACCCCAAGAAGGAUAUAUGACUACUAUUGAUGAUGUCCUUAAGGAUGCUAGUCACAAAUUGGUGCGUGAUAAGAUAGUAACACGUGAAGAUGCGAAAGAGGUAUUGGAAGCUGAAGUCAAGAAUGAUCCAGAAAUGGCAACAACCAUUGGUGGCGUCGGAGAGAUGAUGAGUGCAGCUGCAAGGUUGAAUCAAACUUAAGAAUCAUAAAGUUAGUGAUGCUAUUCUAUAGUUUAUGUGGGCUUUUCUUUAUUUUUGGUAGUAUAGGUUCACAUGUUCCUAAAGAAAUAGUCUGUAUUUUGCGUUCAUAGAAAGCAUGAGAGUCCAUGUAACUUUCUUAGAAGGAUUCUUAUGUACCAUGUAUCCUACGAGUACUAGGUGUACGUACACAUGCCAUGCACAAUCUAUUUCAAGUCUUUUGCUUUUGGUGUAGCAAA